AUGUACGGAUCUGGUGCACGUGUGACGUUGGCUAUGAGAAUAUCCCCACUGGACACUCUCACGCCCCCGCUCUUCGCGAAACCAGUUCCUGCAUUAAAACCGUCUGAAAUUAUUAAUGUCCAAAAAGUAGAAGUUCCAUUCCGAGUAAGCCCCAUUUGGUUAUGGACAGAGUCCAUUCAACAUUCCCUGUGCUCUGAGCAACGCUACGGAGCGACAUCGCGCAGGUCGACCUACCCUACGACGCCGCACCGGCCUGCACCUUCACGGUGUGACGCUUUCCGCCUUGUCUCCGGGGACUUUCCACAGGGUGAGGAGAACCAUAGAGAUUCGUAUGUAACCCCGACAGCUGAACUGGAUGGAACUCCCAUCAAAUAA